AAAUAGGCCUGCAGCUAAAAAUUGAAAAUAAGGAUGAGCGCCAUGUCUGAUCCUCCUCCUGUGGAAUAGAGCGGACCGCGGAGUGAUCGUCUUCCGCGGGCCCUGCGGUCCCUUCGGGGUUUCGGUGCUGCAGUCAUGGCCGACAGCGCGGGAAUUCAACAAGGUUCACCGGCCGUCGGAGCAGCGGGCCUGGUUCCGGCCGCUCCUGGAGCCGCGGGGUCGGAGGGCUCCGGCGCCGCUGGAGGAUCCGCACGUAUAGCAGCCAAGAAGGCGCAACUCCGCUCCUCUCCUCGGCCGAAGAAACUGGAAAAACUUGGAGUGUAUUCAUCCUGCAAAGCUGAAGGAGCCUGUAAAUGUAACGGCUGGAAAAGUCAGAACCCGCCUCCAACGCCUCCUCAAACUGACCAGCAGUGCAGCAUAGUAAACCUGCAGGAACCUUGUCGGAGCUGUUCUCACACUUUAGGUGAUCAUGUGACCCAUCUUGAAAAUGUUUCAGAGGAGGAAAUGAACAGACUACUAGGUAUUGUUUUGGAUGUGGAGUAUUUAUACACCUGUGUUCACAAAGAGGAGGAUGCUGACACCAAACAAGUCUACUUCUCACUCUUCAAACUGUUGAGGAAAUCUAUUCUAGAGAUGGGUAAGCCGGUGUUACAGGUACAAGAGAGUCCUCCAUUUGAGAAGCCCAGCAUUGAACAGGGAGUAAACAACUUUGUCCAGUACAAAUUCAGCCACCUACCAUCAAAAGAAAGACUAACUAUCAUGGAGCUGGCCAAGAUGUUUCUGAACCAGAUCAACUACUGGCAGCUGGAAACGCCCUCUCAGAGACGCCAACGGGUACCGACUGAUGACGUAGCUGGAUACAAAGUCAAUUACACAAGAUGGCUGAGCUACUGCAACGUGCCGCAGUUCUGCGAUAGCUUACCUCGCUACGAGACCACGCAGAUCUUCGGUAGAACGUUGCUGCGCUCUGUAUUUACUGUGAUGAGAAAGCAACUGCUGGAGCAGGCCAGACAGGAGAAGGACAAGCUUCCUCCAGAGAAACGCACUCUCAUUCUCACACACUUUCCCAAAUUCUUAUCCAUGCUGGAAGAGGAGGUUUACAGUCACAGCUCUCCCAUCUGGAGCCAAGAGUUCAUGGUGGGAGCAACUGGAGGGCAGAUUCCCAUCCACACAGCAGUGAUAAGUGCUCCCCCGGUAGCUAGGCCCAUAUACUACAGCACCAGUCCCGUGUCAGUGGACCAGUCGACCUGCGGCAGCCCUGCCAGGAAACUCGCAUCUGUUCUGGAAUCAAACCCAGGUCUCACAGUUGGAGAGAAGCGUAAAGCCUCAGAGCCACUCCAUCAUGAAGAGAACAAGAGACCCAAGGUGGUGGGCGACAUCCCUAUGGACCUCAUCAAUGAAGUCAUGGCGACCAUCAGUGACCCUGCCACCAUUCCAGAGACAAGUCUGCUGUCUGCUCAUUCUGCUCGUGACGAAGCUGCCCGCCUCGAAGAGCGGAGAGGGGUGAUCGAAUUCCACGUCAUCGGAAACUCGCUCAAUCAGAAACCCAACAAGAGGAUCCUGAUGUGGCUUGUCGGCCUCCAGAAUGUUUUCUCACACCAGCUUCCUCGGAUGCCCAAGGAAUACAUCACCCGACUGGUGUUUGACCCGAAACAUAAAACACUGUCUCUGAUAAAAGAUGGCCGCGUCAUUGGAGGGAUCUGUUUCAGGAUGUUCCCGUCGCAGGGUUUCACGGAGAUCGUUUUUUGUGCAGUCACAUCUAAUGAGCAAGUCAAGGGUUAUGGGACUCAUUUAAUGAACCACCUAAAGGAAUAUCACAUAAAACAUGAAAUACUCAACUUCCUCACUUAUGCUGAUGAGUACGCAAUUGGGUACUUCAAGAAACAGGGUUUCUCUAAGGACAUUAAGGUUCCCAAGGCCAAGUAUGUGGGCUACAUCAAGGACUACGAGGGAGCAACGCUGAUGGGCUGCGAACUCAACCCCAGCAUCCCUUACACAGAGUUCUCUGUUAUCAUCAAGAAGCAGAAGGAGAUCAUCAAGAAGCUGAUAGAAAGGAAGCAGGCCCAGAUCCGAAAGGUCUACCCGGGGCUGUCCUGUUUUAAGGACGGGGUCCGGCAGAUUCCCAUCGAAAGCAUUCCUGGCAUACGUGAAACUGGCUGGAAGCCUGCAGGCAAGAGCAAGGAAUUGAAGGACCCUGACCAACUUUACAGCACCCUGAAAACCAUCCUGCAGCAUGUGAAGAGUCAUCAGAACGCUUGGCCCUUCAUGGAGCCUGUGAAAAAAACAGAAGCACCCGGUUACUACCAAGUAAUCCGCUUCCCCAUGGACCUUAAGACGAUGAGCGAGCGCCUGAAGAGCAGGUACUACACAACGCGGAAGCUUUUCAUGGCCGACAUGCAGCGCAUCUUCACCAACUGCCGGGAAUACAACGCUCCUGAGAGCGAGUAUUACAAGUGUGCCAAUAUACUGGAGAAGUUCUUCUACACCAAGAUCAAAGAGGCAGGUCUCAUCGAGAAGUAGAUGAAAGAUGAGAGGUUUUUCUAUCAAGGCUCUUGACAGAGGUUCAGUUAGCGGAUAAUCCAGAGGAAAAGAAAAAAAGAUUACUGGUUGUGGAGUUGGUUUCAGAAUCAUAUGUUAUGUUUAAUGCAUGCUAGCCUUCAUCCUAAAUCAGAUUUUUUUUUGAAAGAUCGCCCCAUAGGGAUGGAAACACUGAACACUGACUUUCUGAUGGUUAAGCAUUGCAGAAGAAACUAUGGUUCUAUUAUUUGUUCUAGAAAAAAACUCAAAGCGUCGACAGCUGAUUGGAUAUUUUUCCCCGUAUCCAACUUCACCUCCUCAGUUUUUCCAUACUGCCUCUUAGUGUCUGCCUUUUCCUCUUUUUUUGACUUGUCAAAUGAGAGGUUGUCAUGUGAAGGAGCCAAAUGUUCGAUGGAUUGAAGUGUUACCUGUGAGCAAAACAAGCUUUGCUGUCUACCUACGUAUAAACAUGUACAGAUCUGAGGUUCAAGCUUCUCUGAUGAGUUCAUCCUGCCAAAAGAGGAAUAUAACCUUUACAUUUUGUACAUAUUUGAAAUCAUUUUUAAGCACUUAUGCCCUAUGUAUAUUUUAAAAGCAUAUACCUAAAACAUAUUUUCCCCCAUUAACCCAUAGAGGGCAGUUUAGACUAUCAAAAUGCACUUUCCCCCCCAAAGUAUUUACAUGAAUUUUACCCUCUUUUCUCUCUUUAUUCUACUUAUGGAUUACACUGUCAACUCAGAACUACUUUAAUAAUCUAGAGUUUAUUCUUAUUUAUGUGCUUUAAAUCAGAAGAAUAAUGUUUAAGACAAAGUCUUAAUUUAUUAUCUUAUUUUUGUCCUGCAGAUGGAGAUUGAUAACUUUAUACUUUGGAGAUAAAUGAAAAGAUUGUGCAAUACGAUGUAGUUUUG